AAUGAUGUCAAACAGCAACAACGACGUGAAAAGAACGAACACGAGUAGGCAAGUAGCUAUCUAUUAAUGGUUGAAUUGGUGAAUUUUGAUUCACAAACACAAACCAGAGGAUAAUACUUCUCAAAAAUGGCACUCCUCUCAUUUCGCUUUCCUCCUUACUCUCCUGUUCCUUCGUCUUCUACCCUGUCUCUUCCCAUUGCUUCUCCAAGUCCCAGAUGGUGUCCCUCUUGCCACCAACCCUCUGCCUCCGCCACAUCCCUCCUCAUCAGUCUCCGCCCAGUCGCAGCUUCCCAGGUCUGCCCUUCCACUCACCAACCACAACCUAUUUUAAUAGACAAGUCUUCGCUCAUUGUCUCUGAAGCAGCGUCUGAGGAUCAGUUCUGGGCUGCUGCUUCUCUCCGCGUCCGCACAUUCUACAACUUCCAGCCUUCCUCGUACGGCAUUCAAGAUCAUAAAAAGUACUUGGUCGAUCGUGAAUUUGAAGCACUAAAAGAGCGAGUUGCUGGGAAAAGGGAAGGCUUUAAUAAAGUUUCUUGCAUAAAUGCUACGCUUCCAUUGUCACAGACAUCAAGCUUUCCAGAUGAUUUAUGCGCUGCAUGUAAGUUCACUGAUAAUGGAGAAGAUAGAGUAGUAGUUGGAACCCUUGAUCUUAACCAGUGCCUUUGGCUUCCUGAUGAAAUAGCUGGAAAGAAACCAGAGGGGUUUAGUGCUGAUUUUGCAAGAGGAUACUUGGCAAAUGUAUGUGUUGCAAAGGAGCUGCACAGAAAUGGACUGGGUUAUGAACUUGUCAAAAAGUCAAAAAUAGUUGCUGAAGAAUGGGGUAAUGGCUUCUUAAUACCACUAUGUUGCAAAUCUCUUGUUUCCUGUCUGUCAUGUAUACCAUCUAUCUCAUAUAUAUGGCCUGUACUCUCCUGAGUCCAUGAGCAAUCCAUAUUCCUUGUUAACCUUGAAUGUGGUUUGACUAUUCUUGUUGAAUCCUGGAAUUCACCAUAUAUAUGUUACCCUUUUUUGGUUGUCUUGGAAAGGGCUUAUCUCAUUAUCCACAAUCCACAAUCUGAUAAUGAUAUAAAACUAUUUCUGUCCAUACGCUUCACCCACCUAUGGGGCAAAUCAAUUUCCUUCCUGCCUUUAUUAUUAUUAUUAUUUUUUAAAUUUAUUUUAUUUUUUUGUCUGAGGUCAGUUAUACUAAGCUCUCCACUUUCUUGUCAUUAGUGGAUGAGUAGAGUUUGCCUAUCCCAUGUGCCAUUGCCAUCUCCCCUCCUUCCCUUUCUUCUGUGCUUGCCAUCUAAGUCUGGAAUCAUGAUGCAUAUGUUUCAUUCUUGGAUAUAAUUCAUAUGCUACUCUUAUUUUCUAAAUCCUGGUCUUUUUAGUGGAUUGCAGUAAUUGUUUCAUAUACCUACCUUUUUUUAUGAUAUGGCAUUAUCUCAACUAGAAAAGUGGCCUGGUAUGCAAAUUUACACUGUUCAUUUCAGGCAUAACUGAUCUGUAUGUUCAUGUUGCUGUCAACAAUGAGCCGGCAAAGAAACUGUACAUGAAAAGUGGUUUUGUAUAUGAGAAUGACGAGCCUGCAUGGCAAGCUAGGUUUCUGGACCGCCCACGAAGGAUUCUAUUAUGGAUUGGUCUCCCUGGUACUCUUGACUUGUAAUGUUACAUUCUACAUUCUGCUUUGAAUGCUUUGUUGAGUAAUAACACUCUUAUAACUUACCCCUAUAGAAUUUGGAUAAUGAAAUGAACUAAAACCU